AUGUUAGCUGCGAAGGUGGCUAGUGUAAGAGGGGCCCCUCGACUUGAGGGCCUCUUUGUUGUGACGGGAGGGAAACGAAAACGUCUUAAACAGUCAAACAUCAAUUUAGCUCUCUUCUGCCAGCAUUCGAUGCAGCAGCAGCAGCAGCUACUGCAGCAACAGCUUGAGCUGCAACAGCAGCGGCGGGACAAGCAGGAGCAGCAACCGGCUCCUGCGGACACAGCAGCUACAAUGGCGCGGAAACCGCAGCAGCAGCCGCAGCAUAACCCACACAACGAAGCAACAGAAACAGAUGACGCUGCUGCUGCACUCGACGCAGUAGCAGCUGCAGCAACAACAGCAGCAGCACCUGCUGGUGGUGCUGCUGGUGUUUCGUCCUGCUAUUGCUGUCGUUGCGCAUGCGGUUGCGGUGCUGCCGAUAGUGGUGUUCCUCCUUCUGCUGGUACUGCUGCUGCGAGCUGCUGCAGCGGCGAAUCUGCUGCUACAACAGCAGCACCUAGUUUACAAGAAGGAGACAUUGUUGGUUGCUUCGUCCAUAUGCCUGGAAGACCUCCAGUAACACUCGAAGACCCGAGGGGCCGUGCUGCUCUCUGGAGGUUCCUGCAGCAGGUGUAUUUAUUUAAUACAAAAGGGCCUGCGCAGGAAAUGCUGACUUCUGUAUAUCCGCUGAAACACGACCUCGUAAAAUUCUACUUGCUCGCUGCCGACAGCAACAGCAACAGCAAUAUCAACAGCAGCAACAGCAACGGGAAGGAGGAUGCAGAUGAGGUGGGAAGAUCUAAAAGGCUGCGGACAAUCGCUGAGGUUGAAGGAUUAAAGGACGGAGCCGCCGAGGACCAGCAGCAGCAACACCAGCAGCAGCAGCAGCCGCUUCGCUUUGUUCCUUUUGAUGAAAAAACUUACCUCCGCAAACUCAAGGCAGCAGCACCUCAAUUUUUUCCUCCCGCCGCCCCAUCCGUGCAGCAGCAGCAUCAGCAUCAGCGUCGACAGCAGCAACGGCAACAACAGCAGCAUCAUCAACAACAGCAACAACAGCAGGGCCAUUCGCAGUACGACCAGCAGAAACUGCAGCAGCUGCACCUGGAAAUGUCCAUAAAAACAAUGAAAGGUAGCAGCGGUGCACAGACAGCCGAAGAAGCAAAAGAUGCAGCUAUUUCGUUGACAGAAGCAGCAGGAGUAGCAGCUGAAGCAGCAGCUGCUGCUGAGGGACCCAUCUGCGCUGCAACAGCAGAAGCUCAACACUAG